CUGCCUAACCCUGUCCGCUCAGUAUCAUCAUGGACCACAAGUCGGAAGUAAUAAAUAAAAAAAAGCAGAUGGGGACGAGGAGGCUGAUUCUCUGGUGAAGUGAAGAGAGAGACGGACUCAGAGAGGAUGGAUGACAGAAACAGAGCAACCAUCGUAGUUUUUCUGCUCUGUGUCGUUGCAGGUAUACCAGCACAUGUUCACACUCUGGACAUGUGUGCCUCCUGCCACGCUAAUGCCACAUGUAACGACAAAUUAGACAACUCUGGCAAAGUUUGUCAAUGCAAGUACGGGUUUGUUGGAAAUGGGAGAACCAUCUGUGUAGAUAAAGAUGAGUGUCACACCGAUAGGAUCUGUGGGCCUCACACCACCUGCCAUAACACACUUGGCAGCUACUACUGUACUUGCAUGUCUGGCUACAGUCCUUCUAACAACAUGCCCGUCUUCAUCCCAAACGAUGGAACAAGCUGCCAGGACAUCGAUGAGUGCAGGAUCACGGGCCUGUGUGGAGAAGGAGGUCAAUGCAGGAAUCUUGUGGGCAGUUUUGAAUGCAGCUGCCAGCUGGGAUAUCAAGUCCAAAACGGAGCAGAGCCCUUCCACCCUCACAGAGACAAAGCUUCCUGUAAAGUGGUUGACUGUGGCCAGCCUGCCUCAGUGGAGGACACCGUGCUGCUGUCCGUCACAGGGACCACAUACAGCAGUGUGGCCAUGUUUGUCUGUGAUGAAGGCUUUGUGUGGAGGAGUGGAGGCAACAGCUCCCAGUGUGGAGCUGAUGGACUGUGGAGAGGACCCACCAUGAUCUGUGACGAGAUAUUUUGUGGGGCUCCUCCUGUGCUGCCUCACACUGGACAAGUGUGGAAUGGCAGUUCCACCCCUGCAAGCACAGUGACUUACUACUGUGAAAUAGGAUUUUAUCACAGUGAAGGAAAUAACAUAUCAUUGUGCAAAACAAAUGGUUACUGGACAAAACCAAACAUCUCAUGCAAAGAAGUUGACUGUGGUGUGCCCCCUUCAAUCCCUCAUUCAAUCAUGCUGUGGGAUAAUACAUCCACUGUGGGCUCUCAGGUGGUUUAUCAGUGUAACUCUGGCUACCACAGUGUUGGAGAGGGGAAUGUGUCAGUUUGUACUGCUGGUGGAGAAUGGGAGGGAGCCUCUCCGCUCUGUCAAGAAAUCAAUUGUCAUGCACCCGUUUUUAAACCUCAUACUGGCAUUCUGUGGGAUGGCACAUCACACGUUGGCAGUGGGGUGUAUUACCAGUGUGAGGAAGGAUAUUACACAAGGAGCCUGAGAAACUACUCAGUAUGUGGAGAGAAUGGACUGUGGGAGGAUAUUGAUCUAUGGUGUGAAGAAAUAAGCUGUGGUCCCCCACUAACCCUCCCCCAAACUAACUUGCUGUGGGACGGCACCAGUAGACCGGGCAGUGUGGUGCUGUAUGAGUGUACAGAUGGAUUUUACCAGGAGAGUGGAAAUAAUAUUUCGACAUGUUUACAAUCAGGACAGUGGUGGAAAGUAUCUGUGAAGUGCAAAGCUAAAUGUGGCAGGAUACCGUUGCUUGCCAAAUCAGAGGUGGUGUGGCAUAACAGGAGUGUUGUGAUCCACCGCUGUGUGGAGGGAUACCACAGCUGGAGGGGCAGCAACCGGUCUGUGUGUGGCAGCUCAGGGCGCUGGCAGAGAGCCUCACUCAGGUGCACAGAAAUAAAGCCAGCUGUCAAUCACCUAUAUAUCCUCAAUGAGAAAUGUCUGCGUUGGAGAGCAGAGAAAUAUCAGGAGGAUACAGAAGUAUACAAGGUGACUUACACUGGAUCCAGAGACUACCAGAGGUCUUUUCAUGAAACACGGAAGCAGUUUCUGAGCACCAAAGCGGAGCAGCUGGAACUCUGUCUGAACCUGCUUCCACUCACAAACUACAGCAUCUCCAUCACUGCAGUGACUGCCAGAUUCACAGCCACCAUCACUGCCAACACCAGUUUACCAGUGCCUCCAGCACCAGUUGUCUCCUACAGAGAAUUUGACACUCCUGUACCAACGUUGCAGCUACAGAGAUCACACGACACCCUGGAGCCGAUAAGUCUGUACCAGGUGUUUGUACUUCCUGUUGAGGGGAUUAUGAUGUUUGACUGUUUCACUCCUGCGAGCUCAGACCCCUCAAGCAAAAUAAAGUCAGAGUACAUCAGCGCCCAGAUUGCUGUCCGACACGUCGGGGCAGAGAUGAACUUCACUGUGGGGGAUGGCCUCUGCUAUGGAGGCUUCUUUAAUGCACCUCUGGAGAACGGCAGGAACUAUUAUAUCAUCUUACGAGCUGUCAGCCAGUGGAAAUCGGCUCGAAAAAGUUCCUGUGUCCUGUGGGCUAAAGUAAGAGGUUCGUCCUACAUCCUGAGGGUUUGGUCUCUGUCUGCUGCUGCGCUGAUAGGAGUCGUUGUCUUGGUCAUUUUGGCUGGAUACAGUUUCACUUGGUGUUUUCAGAGGACAUGACGCUUCUGAUGUUCUGUCAUUUUAUUUGUUUGUUUUUUUACUUCAGAUCUGUACAUUCUGUAAAUCAUUCUAAUAAUCAUUUAUUAAAUUCAUAAAUCUGGAGGUGUUUUAACGGAGUUGAAGAGACUUGACAAUUGACAAUAAAAUCUUCAGUUGGA